UCCGGUGCUCAGGGAGGGCUUCCAAAGCUACUGCUGGUGAUGAAACACUCUCCAGCAGCCCAGAGCCUCACCUGACUUCCUCUCUUCUCCGAGGACAGUUGCAGAAAAGUGCUUUCCACUCCUUUGCCACAGGUUGACUUCCAGAGAGUGGAGAGGACCAAGUGCUCCAUCCUGGGCAGCGAUGAGACGAUAACUGGAGACCUCCUUCAUCUCCUUACAGAAAGUAUCAGGCCAGGCAUGGGACCAUUGGAGGGAGCCAACAGCACAUUCACCAUGGAGAAGACAGCAUUAGAUGAGAACCUGCCACAUGUCUGGCAUGCCAAGGACUUUGUCACUCCUACCCAGGAUCUCUCUGGGUCCCGCAGUGUCAUGAUGGACAGCACCAAGAUCCUGGGGGUCCAGGUCAUCCUGAUUGCUGCCUACUCCCUCAUCAUUCUGCUGGGGUUCAUUGGAAACUCCCUGGUCAUCUACAUCAUAGUGAAGUACAAGACCAUGAGGACUGUCACCAACUUCUUCAUAGCUAACCUGGCCCUGGCAGACCUGAUGGUGGACACACUCUGUCUGCCUUUCACCCUAGUGUACACCCUGCUGGAUGAGUGGAAGUUUGGAGCUGUCCUUUGUCACCUGGUUCCUUAUGCUCAAGCUUUGAGUGUCCACGUGUCCACUCUCACCCUGACUGUGAUUGCCCUGGAUAGGUACCGCUGUAUUGUUUUCCACCUAGACAGCAGGAUCUCCAAGAGGCUCAGCUUCACCAUCAUAGCUGUCAUGUGGCUGGCAGCAGCUGUCCUAGCAGGGCCUCUGGCCAUCUUCAGGGAGUAUCGAUAUGAGGAAAUCCCAUCCAUUAACCUCAAAAUGGCUGUUUGCUCAGAAAAAUGGCCCUCUGGUAACAACAGAGAUGCCACCAUCUACAGUCUGUCCAUGCUCCUCCUGCAGUAUGUUCUUCCUCUUGCAAUUAUUUGUUAUGCCUACACCAGGAUCUGGUUCAAGCUGAAAAACCAUGUCAGUCCCACUUCUAGGAAUGAAAACCAGUGCCGGAGGAGGAAAACAACCAAAAUGCUCGUGAUGGUAGUUGUGGUAUUUGCAGUCUGUUGGCUUCCCUUCCACAUAUUCCAGCUUGCCAUCGAUCUUGAUCUGGUUCUUAUCUUCCACGAGUACAAACUCCUGUACACUGUCUUCCAUGUCGGGGCCAUGUGCUCUACGUUUGUCAACCCCCUGCUCUAUGGAUGGAUGAACAAGAACUACAGGAAUGGCUUCCUUAUGUUCUUCCGUUGCCAGAACAAGCCCGAAAGCAUCCACACUGAAGGGUCAGUUAGAGGGAGGUCUUACAUCUUCAGGGCCAACACCCUAAAUGGGAGCAUCAAACAGACUCCUGGCAAUGGAGCACUGCCCACAGAGGUUUAGGGAUGGGACAUUCACCUCCAGCAUUGAGGCUGGCUGGGCCCAGAGACAUUCUUGGGUGAAUGCUUUCAUUUGGCAGAACAUUGUGCUGCCAAUUAUAGCUACAGCAGCCAUGUAGAAAUAAAAAAUACCCCCUGUAUCUCUCAAAACAAUAAAUCUGGUGCAUUUUUGUCUGACCAAA